UGGACAUUUAGUCACUCCCCGCUGCCUUCUCCAACUUUGACAUGGCAACGACGAAAAUGGCAUGAUCAAUAUCUCUAUCAAGGUCGUCGAUUUGGCUCCAGAACCGUGGACAUCUCCUUACAACCGCCGAGAUCGAACUGUGCCCGAACGACCUCCGUUCCAUUGUCUUUCCUACACGUGGGGGAAUCCACACGCCAAAGGCAACGGAUUCGAAGACAGCUUCAAGGCUCAUAGUGCCGAAUAUGAAGACUUGGUCGACAUCAAAUGCGACGGGAAAAUCCUCAAGAUCCAAAAAAAACUCUACCACUUUUUGUGCGAAGCACCCACCAAUUGGGUUCGCAGUAUUCGUGGUAGAAUUCGUGCAGACACUGGAAAGCAUCUCCUUCACGAUGAAGCAGCAUCAGGAAAUCAUACUAUAGUACAUAUGUAUGCCGGGCAGGGCGUCGAUGUCAAUGUGCAAGAUAAUAUGGCUCGGAGCCCUCUUCAUUAUGCUGCCAACAAUGGAAUGCUGGAGACCGUGUAUAUCCUGAUUAAGGCUGGGGCAAUAUUGGAUCUGAAAGACAACGAUAGCUAUACUGCAGAAGAUUUAGCUGCUGUAAAUAAUCACGAAGAUAUAGCUGAAUUGUUGAGGACGUGUAGGACGGAGGAUAUCCAAGAGCUGGUGAAGGAUAUCCCAGAGUUUGUUAUCGAAUAUUCAGGCACUUACAUUUGGAUCGAUGCUAUCUGUAUCGACCAGACGAACCAUAAAGAGCGAGAGACUCAAGUUCGGAUCAUGAAUCAAAUUUAUUCUCUGGCAAUUUACACAAUCAUUUGGCUUGGAGAAGAGGACCAAUACACUGAUAUGGCACUCUCCACCAUUUCUAAGCUAGCUGGUUCCGCAAAAGAAUUUUCGGACAGUAAUCUCAUCCCAUACCGCACAUACAGCCCGGAAGAUUACGCGAAAUUUUCUGUGCCAUUCAUAUCUCAGGAAGAGUGGAAUGCAUUAACCUCUAUCUUCCUUCGGCAAUGGUUCCGUCGAGUUGGGUGA